UUUCUUGUAAAGUGAAUUAAUGCAAAAAUACCGUCUGAGAUAUUGGAUAGAACGGUGGAAUCAGCAAGAUGUUUGUUCCAAGGAUGACAUGAACCAGAUUCCAGAUACCAGUAUUGGAUCUGCUCAAUCCCACCAACCUUAUGAGUUUAUGUUAAUUGUUUUGAAGGUUCUUUGCUUUGUUAUGAUGUGACCUCAUCAUCCUGGCUCCAUGAUACUCCACCUUCUCCGAGCAGCAGGAGCAGGCAAUCAAGUUAUCACUCAAAUACACAGAAACCUACAACUACCCACACAGAGCAGAAGUAAAGGAGUAUAGGAAGGGCUUAAGAGAUCUUCUCAUUGAGAUUCCAGGAUAUAUGUGCCUGUUUCUGACAGAACGUGUGCAGAGUGUGUUACUGUGUGCAUAGAAAAGACAAGCAGAAUGUGUGAGAGAGAGCAAAAGAGAGAGAGAGAGGGAGAGGGAGAAAGCGAAACAGAGGAGGCACAGGGGUGGGAGGGUAGAUCAUGCAUGUGCAUUAUCUCAGCUCCAGCGGCACAGCAGCAGCAAACAGAAACAGCAGCAGCACAGGGGGGAAGGAGAGAAAGAGAAAGACAGGAGGGAGAGUCUGAGGGAGGGUUGUAGUCUCAGGCAAAGGAACAAAAGCUGCAGAGAGUAGCGUUCCAUCUACGCUAAAAAGACCAACGGUGGUGUUUUACAAAGAGGAGGAGGUGGUCAUGAUAAUAGUGAGACCGUAACGGAACAGAAGAGGCACACUGAAAUCAGUGCAGACUGAAAGCAAGGCUCUUCUCCUCUUUGCUCUCCAUGUUUUUGGGGACUCAGCAUACCACCGCCUGCGUCUCCAAACCCAGAAGAGGAUGUCUGUGUCAGGGAAGAAGGAGUUUGAUGUGAAACAGAUCCUCAGGCUCCGUUGGCGCUGGUUCAGCCAUUCAUCUCAAGGUUCUGCUGGUGGUGGAGGUGGCAGUGUGGGAAGCUACAUCCAGCAGGAUGGCCUGGACCACAGAGGAACUCCUGUCCAGGGACGGCUGAAGAGCCACUCACGGGAAAGGGGCAUCGGAGGAUUGAGGAAGACCAGCAGUCCUGUGCACAGCGUCAUGUCGCAAACGCCAGGGCCAACACCUGUCUAUGUCAGGACAGGUCAUCAGUCGUGGCAUCAUCAACCAAACACCAUCCAGGGCCUCCAGGUCAACGAGGAGUAUCCAAAGAGCAUUUCCUCUCCCAGCGCAAUGAGGAAAGAGGAAACAAACUCUGGCCAGGAAGAAAUGAUAAGCAGCACAGAGGAACCUGCAGAGGUGGAAGCCAGAGACAGGUUGGUUCUGAGCAAUUUGUCCAGAAUGAACACCAACUCCUCCGAUGAAUUUUUCCAGGCCACAAAUCAUGCAGAGCAGACGUUCCGUAAAAUGGAGACCUACCUCCAGCACAAACAGCUGUGUGACGUGCUGCUGAUAGCAGGGGAUCACAAGAUACCGGCUCAUAGGCUCGUCUUAAGCGCAGUUUCGGACUACUUUGCUGCUAUGUUUACCAGCGAUGUGAGAGAGGCAAAGCAAGAGGAGAUAAAGAUGGAGGGAGUGGAUCCGGAGGCCCUCAGAUCACUGGUACAUUUUGCAUACACUGGCGUCCUUGAGCUGAAAGAGGAGACCAUUGAAAGCUUACUGGCGGCAGCAUGCCUCCUCCAGCUUUCACAAGUCAUCCAGGUCUGCUGCAGCUUCCUCAUGAAGCAGCUUCAUCCGUCCAACUGCCUUGGGAUACGAUCCUUUGCAGACGCCCAAGGCUGUGUCGACCUGCUGAACGUGGCUCACAACUACACCAUGGAGCACUUCCUGGAGGUCAUUCAGAACCAGGAGUUCCUGCUGCUUCCCACGGCCGAGAUUGUUAAACUGCUCUCCAGUGAUGACAUCAACGUUCCAGAUGAAGAAACAAUUUUUCAGGCUUUGAUGAUGUGGGUGAGAUUUGAUGUCCAGCAUCGACAGCAGGACCUCGGGGUGCUGCUCGCUUACAUCCGCCUUCCUCUUCUUCCUCCACAGCUCCUUGCAGAUCUAGAAAACAACAAGAUGUUCUCUGAUGAUCUGGAAUGUCAAAAGCUUCUGAUGGAGGCCAUGAAAUACCACCUGCUGCCUGAACGACGGCCCAUGUUUCAGAGCCCAAGAACCAAACCUAGGAAGUCCACAGUGGGUGCACUUUAUGCUGUGGGAGGAAUGGACGCUACGAAAGGUUCCACCACCAUCGAGAAGUACGACUUGCGAACAAAUACUUGGGUCCAGGUUGGAGUCAUGAACGGACGGCGGCUGCAGUUUGGUGUGGCGGUGAUCGACAACAAGCUCUACGUAGUCGGAGGGAGAGAUGGGCUGAAGACGUCCAACAUGGUGGAAUGCUAUAAUCCUGUCAGUAAAGUUUGGUCAACUAUGCCUCCAAUGUCCACCCACCGUCAUGGGCUUGGCAUUGCGGUACUCGAGGGUCCCAUGUAUGCAGUCGGAGGCCACGAUGGCUGGAGCUACCUCAACACAGUCGAGCGUUGGGAUCCACAGGCCAGACAGUGGAACUACGUGGCCAGUAUGUCGACUCCACGAAGCACCAUGGGAGUCACAGCACUCAACGGAAAGCUGUUUGCAGUCGGUGGGCGAGAUGGCAGCUCGUGCUUGAGGUCGAUGGAGUGUUUCGAUCCACACACCAACAAGUGGAGCAUGUGUGCACCAAUGUCCAAGAGGAGAGGAGGUGUGGGCGUAGCCACUUACAACAACUUCCUGUAUGCUGUGGGUGGACACGAUGCCCCCGCUUCCAACCACUGUUCCAGACUCUCUGACUGUGUUGAGAGAUAUGAUCCAAAGACGGACACGUGGACCACCGUGUCCUCUCUCAGCGUUCCCCGGGACGCAGUGGGAGUUUGCUUGUUGGGCGACAGGCUCUAUGCAGUUGGUGGAUAUGACGGCCAGUCAUAUCUCAAAACUGUCGAGUCCUACGAUGCGCAAAACAAUGAGUGGACUGAGGAGGUCCCUCUUAACAUCGGAAGGGCAGGCGCCUGCGUGGUGGUGGUGGUGAAACUGCCGUGAGAGUCUCAUCUCAACAGCAACACAGAGGGCCUAAAUGAACGAGCGGCAAAGUGGAGUGAACAAACAAAGCAGCAGAUUGAGGACACAUCCUUCGAGGGAUGAAUUAUCACAUUUUCUUCUUUAACUUGGACAUCCAGAUCUUUCAUUGGGAAAUGCAGGCAAAGCCUUGCCCAAAAACCAUUGUUUCUGUCAUUAGUUGAUUUGUCUGCCCAGUGGGUAGGACUGGAAAGACUGGAAUGCACUGCACAUUCCCCACAUUCUCAAACGAUUAAGAACUUGGCCGAAAACAUUGCGGAUCGGCGCCAGGGAUUUGCUGUGCUGCGUUCUAAAACCUAACUUGAAUGUCCUCGGAAUUUUACGUAACAUUUACACUCUAAAUGAAUGAAUUCUGUUAGUUUACAAUUACACAAAAGCAUUUCCUAUCAGUGCCAUCUCAAACAGUAUAUUUUUUUGGGUUUAUAUGUCCCUUUAUAGAUACUACAACAACAAUUCUUAUUCUUGUAAAUAUAAACCAGCGUUUCUUUUUUGUUUUUUUUUAACAAGGGUGGUCUGAAGUGAUUGUUACUCUUUGGCAAUGAAGACCACUGUGAUUAAAACUGCAAGUAAAGAGUUUAUGAUACAGGAAUGAAACACACUUAUUUGCACCAGUAGCAACAGAACACCAAAGUCAUUCACUUCUUUUAGAUGUCUUUUUGUGCAUUAAAUUAAGGUUUGCAAAUCUGUGAAUCAAAGAAAAUAUAUCAUAUUGAUAUUCCAUGUGUCUGUACAGAUUUCCGUUGAUGUUCUGAAGCUGCUUUUGUAUUUGUAGACUCAUACCCCAACCAAUGCUGUCUUUAAUGAUUGUUCAUUUAGUUUAGCUAUAACACCUUCAGAACUUUUUGUUUUUACAUUUGCAGUUGGAUGUCUUGCUAGUAAAAAUGUACAUUGUUAGCGUGUUCACCACUACAAAAAAAAACAACAAAAACAAAAAACAGUCUAACUAUAAUUAUAAUGGAUUUUGGGGGGCCAAAUACUAUUCUUUGUUUUUAGUAUAAUUUUACAGCAUGCAAGCCAAUAAAAAUAACUUUGGUUUUCUUUGCAUGAUUUAAAUGUGUGGCCUCAUAAAAGGCAGAUUUUUCUUUUACUUCUUUGUUCUGGUCCUCAUAAAAAAUCUGAUUCCAUAACUAAACAGACUUUGA